AUGAGAAAGGUCUCAAGGGACCCCCCAACCGCAAACAUUCCCUCACCUCACUCUCUCGCCGCGAUACUCUCGCCUUCUGCACCACCUGACUCCGAUUCGGCAGUUGGUGUUUCGCGAUCAUCUAGUCCAAAACGUUCACACGCCGAAGCUUUCUCCUCUGCCAACGAUCCAACCUAUCUCCAUCCCGCUUCACCAAAACAACAUCGGCCCAAUAUAUCGUCUGUCGGAGCUACCAGUCCCGGCGCAUUAGGCGCCAGUGGUUUAGGGGCUGAUGAUGGUAGUGGUGGUGGCCGAAGUGGGAUAGAGGAGAAGAAGCCGGCAAAGAUGGUACGAUCUAGUAUAGCUUGCGCACGAUGUAGACGGAGCAAGGUAAAAUGUGUCAACAAUGGUGUCAAUUCCAUAUGCAGGGCUUGUGAGUCCUCGAACCGAGAAUGUACAUAUCCAAGUGCCGCAGCUUCUACACCCAAGAGAACCGAUCCGCCCAUGGGAAUAAAGGUGGAAGGAGAAAGUGAUAGUAAGAAGAGAGUUCGAAAGCAUGAAGAUUCCGGUCGCAGAAAUAGUCAACGACAAGGAGAAGAACCUUUGGAGGCUACCAUAUUAACACGAAAGGUUUGGGAUGAGGUCUAUGACAUAUUCAAGUUGAACUUCUCAACCGAGAUGCCUUUCUUGCAUCCUCCAUCAUUUCGAAAUCGCAUGCGUCAAGCAUCGCAUCCACGAGACCCUACUUCACUCCCCGACAUGCCCGCCUUUCAAGAUGCCAAGAUUUUGUUGUUAGGCGUACUGACUCUCACUGCCCGAUUUCAUCCCGAGUUGGUCGCAUAUCACGCACCGGCAAAUUCCCCUCGACCGAAUGACCCAUUGGCUGCAAGCGAUUACUACGCAACCGCUUUAACCUCAACCAUUUUUGGAGCUGCGGGUAAAGAUCUAAGCACUCCUACCACCGAAAGGAUCCAGGCACUCUUAAUGCUUGGUCUUUAUGAGUGGGGUCAAACUAGAGGCCUUAGCGCUUGGGUGUACGUAGGUAUUGCGACCAGACUAGCACAAGCAAUGGGUCUCCCCUACGAGGAUGAUCCAUCGGCUCGAACGUUCAAGCCUGAAACGGUAACCACCGCGAGUUCAUACCGACCAGAGGUGAACAAGAGUCCAGCACGUGAUACUGCCAUUGAGAAGGAAGUGAGGAGACGUACUUUUUGGAGUUGCUUUAUCAUGGAUCGGAUGCUUUCCGCUGGAAAGGCUAGACCUACGAUGGUUGAGUCUGAUACCCUCCGAGUACAAUUACCAUGUUCUGACGAUCAAUUCUUAUUCACCCAAUCAGUCCAAACUGGUUACUUGAAUCGAGAUUUUGAGAAAGCUACUUUGUCAAAUGUCAAAAUUCAAGAAGGUGGAGUACUCAGCAGGUAUUGUCGUUUGGUUGAAAUUUGGGGUAAACUUUCAAAGUGGAGUCUUCAUGGAGGUCGCCGAACUGAAACCCUACCACCGUGGGAUGAAUCAACACAAUUCUACAAACUGUCACAUGAAUUGGAAGAUUUCUACAGCGCCUUGCCAGAGAACCUUACCUUUUCCGAGGACAACCUGAAUGCACAUUUGGAAAAACGAAAUGCUACCACGUAUGCAAGUUUGCACACUCUUGUCUCGUUAUGUCGAAUCAUGCUCCACAGAGAAUAUAUACCGUUCAUUCCUCUUCGAGCUGAUAAGCCUUCAGGUCCUUUGGAUGAGCCAACAUUUCCAAAAGAGAAAUUCGAUAUACCCGAAGGAUUUUGGGAACAGAGUGCCGACUCACUUUUCUCAUCGGCCAGAGAUAUUGUUGAUAUUAUGAGAACUUGUCAGGAUAAUAACGCUUUGCCAGAAUCACCAUUAUUUGUAUUCGCUCUUUUCCAUUCAGCGUUCACGGGUGUUUACUCUGUUCAUUUUCCACAGAUGGAUCCUAACGAUUAUAUGGGUGAAAGUCGAUCCGCUUUACCUAUCAAGAUUCUGAAAGAUAUGGUGCCAAGGUUAACCAUGGCUAAAGCUUACCAUAAAAGAAUUGAACAGAUGAUGAAAUAUUACAAACUCGUGAAGAAUGAAUUCAAGAGAUAUAAGAAAGAUGUUUCAUGGAAAGGUGGUGGAUUGGAUGAGUGGAAGGUUUUCGAGAAAGAUUUAAAGGAGUUUGGUACUCUGGAAGAUGCUGCGGGAGGUGAUUCUCACUCUGAUGAUUAUCCCAAUCGCAACUCUCGAUGUAGCACCAGCGAUCUUGGUUCCACUACGGCUGCUAACAAUCCUAAUGGCGAGCCAAUGCAAGGUGUCGAAGGAAGUGGAUCAAGACCACCUUCCAAUUGGGCACCAAUCAAUGCCUCCAAUAACAACAUGAGCAUGGAGAUGCAACAAGGUCCUGGCGGACCAUAUAUACCAAAUGGAGCUUAUCAACCAAGCCCCAAUCAAAAUUCGAAUCCACCUAGUUUGAUUAGUCCAGGGAAUGGUGAUUCAGCAUCAAGUAUCAAUUCUCCCUAUAGCAAUCAAGGACAAGCUCAAAAUUAUAACCAACUUCAGCAAAUGGGGCAAUAUCAUCCUCCAAUGGCUCCUCAACCUCAUAAUAUGGCACCACCGGGUACUCAAGCAGGAUGGAAUCGAGAUCCAACUGCUAGCAUUUUACCUUUUGAUGCAUGGAUUGAUGAUUUGGAAAGUAUUUCAAUGAACACAAAUACCAUGGAAAACUUUACACAAUCAUUCAAUGAUGUAUCUCAACCUUGGAAUGUUCCACAAUUUGGAGCGCAGCCUCAAAAUAGUUGGGUUCAAGUCGUUGAGAGACAUCCUGGUGCUUGGAAUUAA